GUGACUGUGUACAUGUACCCGGAAGUAAAACUUACAACUUUGAUCAAUAAUAUUUUGUGUCAUAUCUUAUAUGUAAUGUUUUCUAAAGGAUAACUGUAAUUCUUCUGUAAGUUGAACAAGUUAUAAGCCUGCUACAUAGAUAUGCUUUGGGAUAUUCAACUACACGGAUGGCUUUGAUGAAACUGUUGUAUAAACACUCUGGGCUGCGUUGUCCAUACGAAGAAAACGGAUGUAGAUAUGUUUUUAGGGGUAAGGAUAAAGAACAUUUUUUGAGACACAAAGGAAUAUGCAGAUAUGGAAAACGUUCAAAGUUAAAACCCGAAUGUGGACUGGUACGUGAUUUAAGUAGUAGUUUUGAGACUCGCAGUACUGAAAAUGAACCAAAGGCAAUGACAGCUACUCAUCUGUAUAAACGAGAGGAGAAUUUAAGAUGUAGAAAUAGGUUACCCAGAGGCAGAACAUCUCCGGUAACAAAUAGAGAACUUUCUUUGCCUGAUCAGUGGACAGAAAAUGUGAGGCGUGCUCAGAUUCAUAAUAAAAUAGAAAGAUUGGAGGCAGAAAAUAAAACGAGUGAAGAUGAACAUAAUAAGCAGUAUGUACCUAGAAGAUCACGCUACGCUAGCUUGACAUAUGAAGAUCCAGAGCAACUAGAAUCUGACGUGUUUUAUCCUGAAAACUCAAAACAAUGUGUAAACCGAGACAAUUAUCCAAAGCCAAAGGUUACAGAGAAAACUAGAGCUUUGUUCCGUUUUAAAAGUCAUUAAUCUUGUUAACAUUCCUUGGAAUAUACGUCGGAAAUAUAAAACAAUCAAAGAUAUCGUUCAUAGUGCUUAUCUUCUAACCUUGCCGGAUUUCGAUAUCUGUGGAUGCUAAAGAAAAAAAUAAAGUAUGUUUCUUUGGAGUGAUUGCCACAAAAGUCAUUCCAUUAACAUUAGAAAUUAGCCUUUGAGUGCCAUGUAAAUAAUGUAUCUAUAUUUUAAGCUGACAAGGAGAGCCUUCCAUUACCCUGGGAUAAUAUUAUAUCUAUGCAAGCAGGAGGUGUCAGACCAGCAAGUAUAGAAGUUGUAUAUUUAAACACCUUUUUUCAAACAAAGUUAUAGCAUUUUUCUACUAUUUGCAUUGUAAUAAAAUAUACAUAUCUACGAAAUCCAAUGGUGACGUCACGUUUCACUAUUCCCAUUUCCUUUUUUCAUUUCUAAUCAUACAAUAUAAAACAUGUAGAAACUAUAUAAUUAUACAUUUCAAUUUCGCAUAGAAAACAAGAAGUGCCAGAGAACUGCAUGUGAAAUGUGAAACUCCACAUUUCUCACUUCCUACUUCAUAGUUUCUAUAUGUUUCGUAGCGUAUCAUCAGGGAACGACAAAUAAGAAAUAGGAAUAGUGAAACAUUAAGUCACCACGGGGCUGUCGUGGAUUUGGUAUAUCAGGCCUAAAAACUCUUUGUUUCCGGUAAUAUGCAGCAUUAAUAAUGCUCAAAAAAUUAGGGUAGGUAGGUCGGAUUUUUUUCUUUCUUUUUUUUUGGAUUUUUUUAUUAAGGAAGACUUUUCAGAAUUUUUUUUGUGUCAAAAAAUGAAUACAGAUAAGGGGGUUAUGCCUUUAGUGCAUCGGUUAGUUGAUUUCUAACAUCACUGGCCAAAAACAUAAAGCAUAAAAAGUACAGUUUUGCACCUUUUGAUUAAAAAGUUGAAAAAAAAAUUCUCCAAAGCCAUAAAAACAUUUAGGUUCGGGCCAAACAUUUGGGGUAGGUCGGGAUACCGGAAACAAACAUUUUUACGCCUUAUAUAUGUUUAUAUAUCUGUGAAAUAAAAUGUAUAUUUUCAUUUCA